AUGGCGACUGCUUUGCCAACUUUUCCGGAAUUUAAUUUAAGAGAUCAAAGUAAUUUAGCUGCCCGAUGGGAGAAAUAUUUGAAGCGAUUUACCAACCUUAUGACGGCAAUGAAUGUUACCGAUGCAAGUCGAAAACGUGCUUUGCUUCUACAUUAUGUUGGCGAGGAAGUGAACGAUUUAUUUGAGACGCUGCCAGAUAAGGGAGACGAUAAAGAUUUUAAGAAGGCGUACGAAGCUCUCACCCAAUAUUUCACGCCGAAAAAGAAUGUGUCGUUUGAGAUCUUUAAGUUUCGAAAUUUGAAGCAAGAAAUACAUGAAACGGUCGAUGCCUUUCACACACGUUUACAGAUUGCCGCAAAAUACUGUGAAUUUGGUGAUAACAAGGACAAGGAAAUCAAAGCGCAGAUAAAACUCGGGACAACAAGCAAGAAACUGCGACGAUAUUCGUUCCGUUCACCAGCUUUGUCAUUAACUGAACUGUUAGACUACGUCAGGACCAUCCACGAAACAGGAAAACAAGCUAAAGGUAUUGAAGCAGCACCGCGUGAAUUCCCUACAUCAUACUGCAAUCGUGAGAGCGACGAUAUUCACAAAGUCCAAUCAGAACGACCAACGAAGCGAUAUACCAAUUCUAGAAACAGGUUUAAACGAACAGCUAUACAACUAUAA